AUGCACGACGACCGCACCGCUGAGCUCGAGAAGGGCAGUCCAACCUCUUUAAGACCAUCGAGUCCAGCGGAGCCCAAGUCUCAAGCACCUGGCCCACCAGCAGCACCUGAAGGAGGCACAAAAGCCUACCUAUCGCUACUCGGAGGCUCCUUGGGUCUUUUCAUCUCAUUUGGAUGGGUCAAUUGCAUUGCUCUGUUCCAAGCUGAAUAUGAGACCCACCAGUUGAAGACCUAUAGCAGCUCGGAGGUGUCCUGGAUCACUUCAUCCGAAUGUGAGAGCCUUCUUCCCCAACGGGCCGUGAAACAACAAGCUCAUUUCAAUCUAGUUUUCUUCAUGCUGUUCAUGUCACCGUUGUCCGGAUAUCUAUUCGACAACUAUGAACCACGAUUGCCGAUCUGUAUCGGUGGAUUGAUCCAUGUGUUUGGCCUCAUGAUGACCAGCUUGUCAAGCAAAUACUACCAAUUCUACUUGGCACAGUCGAUUUGCUCAGGAACCGGCACAUCGCUCAUUUUCACUCCGGCAAUGACUUCGAUUUGUCCUAUGACUUACUUCAGAAAGCGCCGCGCUUUGGCAGGAGGAUUGACCGUUGCAGGCUCGAGUCUGGGUGGUGUAAUCUUUCCCCUCAUGGUCAACAACCUCCUUUUGGAGGUCGGCUUUACAUGGACGAUGCGAAUCUGCGCUUUCUUGAUCCUUGGGCUCUGGGCUAUUGCCAUGCUCACCAUCUCCUCCAACUUGCCUCACACUCGCAAGGAGUUCAACCUUGCGAACUACCUUCGGCCUUUCACGGAAUUCAACUUCUUGAUCUUGUUGACGUUCUGCUUUUUCCUUUACUGCUGGACAUUGGAGGAUGUUCAUCGCUCACAAACUUCCGUUCAUGUUGGUGCCGUGAACGCUGAUUAUACCGACAUACAAAAUCGAGACACGGAGGCCAUGUCGAAAUAUAACGCAACUGGAACGGCGCGAAGCAUCUUAUCAAAUCGUGUCUCGUACGUCUUCGACCUCCACGGCCCCUCGGUCACAAUCGAUACUGCUUGCUCCAGCUCGUUGGUCGCUCUCCACCAGGCAAUGCACUCCUUGCGCUCGGGCGACUGCGAUAGCGCCAUCGUUGGCGGCGUGAACCUGAUACUCGAUCCAGCGAUGUUCAUCACUAAAUCGAAGCUUUCGAUGCUUUCUGCCGAGUCCCGCUCCCGAAUGUGGGACCAGGCCGCCAAUGGAUAUGCUCGUGGUGGGGGCAUAGCUGCCAUGAUCCUCAAGCCGCUCAGUCAAGCGCUACAGUAUGGAGAUCCGAUCCAAGCAAUCGUACGAGCAACUGGUGUCAACUCGGACGAGUCAAAACUGUCAUCGGCCAUACCGAGGGCUGUGCGGGUUUGGCUGGAGUCUUAA